AUGAAGUGGAGUGUCCGGGGAGCCUGCGCCGCGCUCUCCAGCUGCCUCCUGCUCGCCUGCGCGCUGAGCGCCGCCGCCGUGGGCCUCAAGUGCUUCUCGCUGGGCUCCGAACUCAAGGGGGAGCCCUUCCGCCUCGGCAGCGCCGCCGGAGCUUUCUACUCGGGGCUGCUGCUGGCCACCGGCCUCUCGCUGCUGGGCUCCGCGCUCUUCUGCUGCCGGCAGCCCGACGACCACGCCGGCCACAGCAGCGCCGCCGUCUCCGCCGAGGGUGCGGGCGGAGCGCCCCCUCGAGGGCACGCGGGCGGCAGCGAGGUGGUGGCGGUGCCGGUGAGCGGGGAUUCGCAGGCGCCGCCUCAGGCGCCACCCAAGGCGCCCGCCAACGGGCGGCAAAACUUCCUCCUGCUGGGGGCGCUGGUCUUCAUGCUGGGCGUGCUGAGCGCCUUCGCCGGCGCCGUCAUCGACGGCGACACGGUGUCGCUAGUGGAGAAGAAGUACUCGCACUACUGCCUCCUGCAGGCCGGAGGAGGAGCCGCAGCAGCGGGAGCAGCGCCCGCCCGGGCCAGGCCUGCGGGCGGCCCCGACGGCUCGGCGGCGGCGCUGCGCUGCCAGAAGCUGCGCGACUACCAGCGGGGCUUGGUCAUCUCCACCAUCUUCAACGCCCUCGAGUGCCUGCUGGGGCUGCUCAACCUGGUGCUGGUCAAGAACUACAAAGCGGCCCAGCAGCGGGGGCUGCGACGGCGCCGACGCCGACGGCACGACCACCACGGGGCGGGCGGGCGGCGGCGAAGGCGCAGGGGUCCCGGGGGCGGUGGUGGCGGUGGACGGCGUCCGCAGCGCCCCAGCCAAGGCUCCAUCUUCUCCAGCGAGGACCCCGAUGUGUCCCCCGGGGGCGAUUGCGCCUUCCAGGCCGUGUCGUACAUCAACGUCGGUGUCUUCCACGUGUUCGACGAGGCCGGCGUGGAGGUGCACUGCGGAGGCCACCCUUCCAUCGAGCUGCCCGGCUACUCGCCCAUGGACCCCGACCUCCAGGUGUCCUACCCAUAUUGCUACCCGUUGCCCAACGAGCAGCCUCCGGCCUACGAGGAAAUCUACCCCCGGGAGCCCUGUGCCAACCGCAUCUAGGCACCACCGGCCGGCGCCCUUUGGAAACCUGCCGCGCGGACAAUCAGCCUGCUGGACUGAAAGGGGCAGGAGGCGAAUUGGGGCAGAGCACGAACACUUUAUUGGCAGGACCAGUAGUAGCACAAGGUGAGGCCAAAGCCACAGGUAGUAGUAGUGUGGACUCCUCCGAGAACCCUCCGUCUAAAGAGGCAGCAGGUGCCCGUAAGAGUCCUAGCAUGAGACAAGGCUGGUGCACGCUGUUGGGGCGGAUCUGGUGGCAAGUUGAAACAUUGGUCCAGACCACUUUGGCUUCGUUUUUCUGAAGAUCAGGCACACUUUCUCUUCAUCGCUUCUUUGAUGGAGAAGUCUUGAACAGAGUUUCAGAAAGUUGCCAGUGUUUUGCAACCUGUUGGAGGUUUCUCCAAUAUGUCCUUGUCGAGAUUUCUCUUUUCCUGCUCCUUUUGGUUCUAUCACUAAAAUCUAUAGCUACAUCCUAGAGGUUUCAGAAAAGUGCAUUUUUCUCUUGGGUUUCUUAAAGAUGGCUGGGCCUACUUGGGGGAUGAUGCUUUUAGUACCUUUUAAUUUUACCCCUUUGCCCCCUCUAGUCUGGUGGAAUCUUUUCAUCCAUCUCUUCUUCGAUAUUGAUUGAAUGGUGAACAUUUCAGGGUUGGUUUACACAGUCAUAUUUGGCUCGGAUUUGUUUUGCUUUGUUUUACCCACACACCUGCCCCCCCCUUCAAAUGAAUCUUCACGAUAGCCUCAGCUUUAAGAGUUACAAAAUUGUGUCGUUAGAAAGCCAGCCAGAACAAGAAAAACACCCACACAAAAAAAAUGUAAGGAUGAAUCUUUCCCUCUCAAGCAAAUAUAUUUCUAACCCUGAAGAGAGACCGAGAGCAGUUUCGAUCCAAGCCUCUUAUGUUUACAGUAUUCCUGGGAGAUUUUAUCUUUUUAAGUUUAAAAUUCAGUGAGAGUUAAAACCAUUGUUGGUCUUGUAAACCUGCACUUUCAAAGGGGGGGGGGGAUCAACAGCAACAUUUUUGUACACUAAUGUGCCUGCUUUUUGUUGAUAAUUUCUUACUGUAAAAGCUUUCAAAAAGUCUAUAGUGAAAAUGUUUGGUAAAGUCAUUGCAACGUAGAAUUAACAUAUCAGUUCCUUUACUACAAUAGAAAUGCUAUAUUGAAUAGAAGGAAAGUCCAGGAUUGUCUCAUACAUUCCUUUUUGUAAACAGGUUCUGUGUUUUUAAUGCAAAGCGGGGCUUAUAUUUAUUUUUUAUUUUGUUUUGAAACAGUCUAAUCCUAUUUUGUACACAUGCAGCCAGUUAUUCUUGUAAGUAGUUUCAUUUUUAGUGUUACCAAUUAAUUAAUCUGAGAAGCUUGAAUAAUAAGUUUUUAUUUAAAUAUAAAUACAUAAUAUAUACAUAUAUCUAUAUAUGCUUUGAGCAGCCUUAACUGAUGGUCACAAUUUUCAGCAGAGUUACCCAAACUCCUUUGAAGUAUGGUUUAAAAUAAAAACAACAUAUUCUACAUCAUUUAAAGCUGACAGAAUUAAACAGAUGAGCAUUGAAAAUAAUAAUACUGCAUUAAAAAGGUUCCGAUUAUAGUGACUAAACUCUUGUCUAGAUAUUUUAAUAGUUUCACCAAAAAUGCUCUUUUGGAGGCAAAGCCACAGGUGACAUAGGAGACCCGUGAUCGACUCUCAUGACGUUCAUUUUACUUUUAAACAGGUGCAAGGGGCUCCAGCUUUGUUUGGAAGAGGAAAGCAUUUAAUAUUUUCAUCUUUAUCAUUUCUCUGAUCUAAAUGUCCUACCCCUAGAAUUGGCUCACGUAGCCCUUCUAGAAUACUGGAAUUUCCCUCUGUGAGGCUAAUAGCAUAUUCCAGGGGAAUUUAAAUUGGGAAACUGGCAAGAGGGGAAACAUAAACACACACACACACACACACUACUAGCAGCAUCGCUGCAGUUAUCAAAUUCAGAGCCCAUUGCACCUGUUUUGAAAUGAAAGAAAGAUGCAUUGUGAGAUCUGGUCACAAAUCUCGGGCAUCGUGGGUGGUUUAGCCCUCAGUCUGCUAGAGAAUGUCAAUGAAUCAGGUAGCACAUGGAAGGCAAUUAAUUUUAUUUUAUUUUUUGGAGCACUGGCAUAAAAAAGGAAGGCUUAAUUUAGAGCUGUUCAAAAGGAUGAAAGAGAGACACUUCAGCUCAUAUUGUUCACCUGUUCUUCUUGCUACUAUGUAUUAAGACAGAAUUCCAUUUAAAAUUCCACCCCUUCAUUAAGCUCCUUGUAGCAGGGACAUGUCUGCUGCCUAUAUUACUUUGUAAAGUGCCGUGUACACUGAUGGCACUAUAUAAAUAUUAAUAAUAAUUCAUUUUUAGGAGAUUGCUGUGGGAUGUGAGCGUUAUCAACAGAGACAGUGUUAAAGGAAAACAGUUUUUUUGUCCUAUUUUUGCGAUGUACAGAAGAUUAUUUUUUGAUUAAGGAUCUGAACAAAGUCAAAAUCUGCAGCCUUAGAUUGAAAGUCCAACAGUGGUGAAAGCCUCUCUGCACUACUUUGUUAUCUGAAGUUGUUUCGACUUGCACACUUUGUACAAUCUAAAAUGCAAAAAAAAAGCGCCUUACAACAUUUAAAGCUAUAGACCUUUAAAAACUAAGCAAAACCUGCACCCUAGGUAAUUGAAUCAAAAGCAACUAACCUGGUUCACAAAGUACUGUAGCUUCACAUUUUUUUCAAUGGUUAGAGCUACUGUUAUUAUUAUUAUAAAUUAUGUAAAACGCUCUCCUUUGCUGAGAGCAAGCACAAUGCUUAUCUAGUGCAUAAGACUUAGUUUGAAGUACUGCACUUCUUCCUUCAUUUCUUUACUCUCCAGACCAGGCACCCACAAACUUCGGCCCUCCAGAUGUUUUGGACUACAAUUCCCAUCUUCCCCAACCACUGGUCCUAUUAGCUAGGGAUCAUGGGAGUUGUAGGCCAAAACAUCUGGAGGGCCGCAGUUUGGGGGUGCCUGCUCUAGACUGGUAUAGAUUCUAUCUCCGUAGAUCCUCGGUUCUGUCUUUUGGGCCCAGUCCACAUGAAACAUCUCCAACACAGCCUUUUUUAUUUUAAUGAAUAGGAGUUGUAGAACAGGAUGGCUGUACCCUUGUACUCCUCCCAUCUUUAUCACAGGGAUAUUUGGAAGAGAAGUUCCUAGCAAAUGGUGUCCCCUUAACUACAGUGCAGUCAGGCCGCAUUUUGGAUGUGUAUAUAUAUGGCCAGGAAUUUUGUAAAAUAAACUGGUGCCUAAAUUAAGUUUUGGAAUCCCUAUUGAAGUAUCUAAAUAAAAACAACCACAUUUCUUUUUAAAAAGCUCACAUUGCAUACUUCUUCCUACAUAAAAGUAAAGAGUGUGGUCAAUGCGCUAUUCAUAUUGGCAUCUUUCAGUAGAACGAGACCAGGUCCAGACAAAUAGCUAAUAAUGUGGUUAAAACUUCCUGGACUCGGCAGACCGCUAGUUAUAGGCAAGGAUCGCAUAAGUACAGGGCUUUUUUGUCCCCAGCCGGAACUCACCAGAACUCAGUUCUGGCACCUCUUAGGUGGGUGCCAUUGCCAUUAUAAAAGAACAAGCCAGCACCAUUUUUUCUACAAAAAUAGUGCUGCUCGUGUGUGUGUGUGUGUGUGUGUGUGUGUGUGUGUGUGUGUGUGUCCUUCCAUUAGGGUGAAAAUGGCUCCUAGACUAGCCAUUUCUGGAGAUAUGCUAACAUUCUAUUACUUUCCAUUUUUUUAUCUUAUUGUGGAGUGUUCAAAUGUGUGAUCCCAUAACUGAAACGUGUAGUAGUACAGUCCAGGAACAAAAUGGAAAAAAAAUUCCUUCAGUAGCACCUUAAAGACCAACUAAGUUUUUAUUUUGGUAUGAGCUUUCGUGUGCAUGCACACUUCUUCAGAUACACUUGAAACAGAAGUGGUGGUGGGGGUGGGUGGGAAUGGUUGAUGGGCUGAUGCCCUUGCUUUUCCCCCCCAGGACUAAUUGCAGCCAUCAGCAGUCGUUAACAGCCAUCUACAGGUUUACCACUCCCAUCAGCCCAUCACCCAUUCCCACC